GCGCCUGCCUGCCUAUUAUUAGCUAAGGCCUUACAGUAAGUGGAGAUGGCUCCAUGACGGUCCGGGCUGACUCUCUGCAGCACAGCCGCACACGUAAAGCCAGCCUCCUCCGUCGCGCCCAUCGCUCUGAUCUAAAGGACAUUUCCUCCCAGCAUCUGCUCUCGACCGGCUGUUUUAAAUCCUGAUUCAACUUCGCCUCGAAGAUGAAGCUAAACGCGACCGGCGGUCAGGUGCGAACCUCGUCCCAUGGAGCGCUGCAUUAUACCUCGUUCAUGGAGCAGCCCGGUGCAGCACUUCCUUAUGUUGCGGUCCCAGUUGACAGAUUCUGAUAUGGACUAUGAGAGGCCAAACGUUGAAACUAUCAAGUGUGUAGUGGUUGGAGACAAUGCAGUUGGGAAGACCCGUCUUAUCUGUGCCAGGGCGUGCAAUGCAACUCUAACUCAGUACCAAUUACUCGCGACACAUGUGCCCACAGUCUGGGCAAUUGACCAGUACAGAGUAUGCCAAGAGGUAUUAGAGCGCUCCAGAGACGUAGUGGACGAUGUUAGUGUUUCUCUCCGGCUCUGGGAUACUUUUGGGGACCAUCACAAGGACCGGCGUUUUGCAUACGGCAGGUCUGAUGUUGUGGUACUAUGCUUCUCAAUCGCCAAUCCCAACUCCUUGUACCACGUCAAGACCAUGUGGUACCCCGAGAUCAAACACUUUUGCCCACGUGCACCUGUCAUCCUAGUCGGCUGUCAGCUGGAUCUGCGCUAUGCGGACUUGGAGGCAGUGAACAGGGCACGGAGACCUUUGGCCAGACCCAUAAAAUCGAAUGAGAUCCUUCCUCCAGAGAGAGGCCGUGAGGUGGCCAAAGAGCUGGGUGUACCGUAUUAUGAAACUAGUGUUGUAGCUCAGUUUGGAGUCAAGGACGUCUUUGAUAAUGCUAUCCGAGCUGCGCUCAUCUCACGGCGACAUUUGCAGUUUUGGAAAUCUCACCUCAGAAAUGUUCAGCGGCCUCUCCUUCAAGCGCCCUUCCUGCCUCCAAAACCACCCCCUCCUAUAAUCACUGUGCCCCCUCCCCCAUCCACCACAGAGGAGCAUCCAGUUGGUCUUCUUGAGGACCCACACUGUGCUGAUGUCAUCCUGGUGCUGCAAGAGCGACAGAAAAUUUUUGCACACAAGAUAUAUUUGGCAACAUCUUCCUCAAAGUUCUAUGACCUCUUUAUUAUGGACACACAGAAUGAAGAGACUGAAAAGCCCCCCCGCGGUCCUCCCUCUGGUAGAGAACUGCUUAUGCGUGCUGCUAGCUUUGAUGUUUGUGAGAGCAACGACGAUGGAGACAGGGCCAACCUUAGGGCUUGCACCAGUGAUGGGACCUUGAAAGAUUCAGAGGGAGGCAGACGGGGACGGCUACUUUCCUCAUGGAGUCGAGCCUUCGUCAGCAUCCAGGAGGAGCUAGUGGAUGAUCCUGUGACAUACAGCCCCAGGCUCAUGACAGUGGUGCAUAUGGACCAGUCCAUGCAGCCGGGACCAUUUCGAGCAGUACUUCGCUACCUGUAUACUGGUCAGCUGGAUGAGAAUGAAAAAGAGCUGAUGCAAAUUGCACACAUUGCUGAGCUUUUGGAAGUUUUUGAUCUGCGGAUGAUGGUGGCAAACAUACUUAACAACGAAGCCUUCAUGAACCAAGAAAUCACCAAAGCCUUCCAUGUGCGCCGCACUAACAGAGUUAAAGAAUGUUUGGCUAAAGGCACAUUUUCUGAUGUAGUAUUCAAGCUUGAUGAUGGGACAAUCAUGGCCCACAAGCCUCUACUCAUCUCUAGUUGUGACUGGAUGGCAGCUAUGUUUGGCGGGCCUUUUGUGGAGAGUAGCACCAAAGAGGUGCUGUUUCCCAACACAACUCGCAGCUGUAUGAGAGCUGUGCUGGAAUAUCUCUACACCGGGAGGUUUUGUUCACGGUCUGAUCUGGAUGCAAUGGAACUCAUUGUUCUCGCCAAUCGUCUUUGCCUCCCCCACCUGGUUGCACUCACAGAGCUCUACACUGUAACAGUAUUGACAGAGGCAGCAAUGAUGGGGACAGACAUUGAUGGAGAUGUGUUAGUGUACCUGGAUGUUGCCCAGUUCCAUGGGGCCUAUCAGCUAGCAGGAUGGUGUCUGCAUCACAUCUGCACCAACUACAACAGCGUCUGCCGCAAAUUUCCCCGAGAUAUGAAAGCCAAAUCUCCAGAGAACCAAGAGUACUUUGAGAAACAUCGCUGGCCACCUGUUUGGUACUUGAAAGAAGAUGACCACUACCAAAGGGCUCGCAAAGAGCGGGACAAGGAGGACUAUAUGUACCAGAGAAGGCAAUGUAAACGCAAGUGGCUCUUCUGGAACCUUCCCUCUUCCCCAAACUCAAACUCUCCUUCAGGCUCUUCAGCUAUCAUCUAAUCAAGUGGUAAGGGUGGAUGCAGUCUGGAAAAUACUGUGUACAAGUCAUUAAAAAUAUCAUAAAAGAUAACCUCUGCUUGCUUGGAACACUCAAAUGGUCAGGCACUCUGCUUCUACUGCUGCAAACAAUGCUCCCAAUGUUGUGAGGUCCUGAUAAAAGUAGUGAUUUUUUUGGUAAAUGUAGAGUUUCAGCUUUAGAUAUACUUAAGUUGAGUUUUGAGUUUUAAGAACAGUGUCAUGGAAAGAUAGAAAUUUCACCUCAUCGUCAGUUAACCUCAACUAAGAACCAAGUGCUGCUUACCAGCUGCAACAACCAGCAGUUCAACACAGAACCUACAGUCUCAGAGAUACAACACUUUGCCCUUAAGUGUUUGCACAAUCUUCCAGAUGAUAUGAUCUCUCAAACAGGAUGUAACAAUAUGUUCAGAAACCAUUACUGAAGUUGCUUAUUCUAAUCACUCAUCCUAAUUGAAACAAUGGAAAAUGUAUUAUUGUUUUUCUUCUGUUUUGGCAUUUUUAUGUGUAUAACUUUCAAAACUAAAAGUGGUAUAAGUCCGGAUGCACUGCAUUUAUAUAUUGUGAUCUUGUGAUUUAUGACCUCUUGUGAUGAAAGGGCUUUAGUUUACAUGAAUGUGUUAAGUUUGCUCUUUUUCAAGAGAUCCUAAAUCAAAGAAAAAAAAAGGUUUUCUGUACGAUGCAAACAAAAACAAACCACUAUGUAUGUCUUGCUUAAUGUAACUUUCUAUCGUACAUAUUUUACAAUUAUUUUGUUAUGUUUCAAAUGAUAACAACGAAUUGGUUUCACAAAUUUGAUUUUAUUUUUAGUUAAAGAAGUUAUUUUAAUAUUUUUUCAUGUGUUACCUCAAUCUGUCUUGCUGAGAUUGAUAAGUUUUUAAAGAUUUACCCUAGCUAAUUACAGAGUUCCCUUACUUGUUUGUUUUACAUAUGGAAGCUUCCUCACAUCAAGAUGAGGUUUGUCAAUAUUUUACACACUUGAAGCAUUUGCUUGACUCCAGAUGUUGACAUGAGUCAUUCAAAAAAGUUUGAGUCGCUUCUGUGCAACUUGUUUGAUGGGUAUAAAAAGGGGACAGAGGAAUAUGAAAAAAAAAAACAGCAACUCAUAUCAAAGCACUUUUUUCUUUUUAUAUUUUCCAUACAUCAAAUUGUAUGUUGUCUGAUGAUUUUACUUGAUUGUGAAAUGGUUUUCAGAAUAUGUUGUAUCAGAAGCUAUAGUUUGCAGUGUGAACAUGCAGUAUUGUAAAUUGUAUUCAAUAUCAGCUGAUGACAUGCAUCAUUUUAAUGUGCUGUUACAGAAUACUGUGCACUGCAGGCAGUGAGCAGAUUCCUUUUUUCUUACUGAGUAAUGCUGACUGUAUACUUAUUUGACCUGUGCUUCUUUGCUGCGCAGCCGCAAAUGACUGAAAGUAACUGAAACAUGCAUUGACCUCCGGCCAUGUCUCUCAUGCAUAUAGUGAGGCGAUUCACUUUCACGGGCGAUAAUUAGUGAAAUAGCUUAACAGUGCAAAGUACAGUAGAAAUAUGUGGACAAAAAUGAUAUAGAGAUGUGUGCGUCAUCUAUAAAACAUGCUGCUGUUAGCAUACCUGUAAAUCCUGAGUGCAGUGUUUGCUUAUACCACAUUCAUUAUGGGAAAGCUUCUUUUGUUUCUAUAAGGGAUGGGUUGUUCUUUUUCAUCUUGCUCAUCAAACAGAACCCAACUAUUGUGUAAAAUUGGAGCAAAUCAGUUCACAGGGAUGGUUGAUUAUCACCCAAGAAAAAACAUAAAUUAAUAGGAAUUCUAAAAAUAUUGUUAUACAACAGGUAAGAGGUAAAAUAAUGGUAUUGCUUACCUUGGAAAUGAAGUUUACUUUAAUUCUUAGUGUUGAAACCUUCAAAUCUUUCUGAAAGUUAAUCACAUCAGUUCAGUCGUUGGAAGAUUUAUCCUGCAAAACAUUGUGCUUUGUUUUGCAGUACCAGAAAUUCUGAAUGUUCCAUUUGAGUAAUGUCCAUGUCACGAUUUAGUGUAAAACCGUGUCGAUAAAAUGAUCUAUAUUGUUCUGCUGUAAGGUUCACAAACAUACAUUCAUUUCUCAGCGAUCCUUCUGUUGAUGUGUUUGCAUUGACAACACCCCAUGCCUUAAUGUACAGUGUAAGGUAUAAUGUGGUAUUGAAUGUAAAGUAGUGCGACCAUGUUUAUUUGCCACAUCUUCAGCUGCCAUGGUGCUGUUCAGGCUGUAAUGUAACUGUGCACAAUCUGUGUUUUGGUUGUAAAGCAGUGUGUUGGUUUGUCAUUUGAGGAGUUGGAUGUGUGUGCUUUAGUUUCAGAUGUGUGUAGGCUUUAUGUGCAUUUUACUACCAGCAUCCAUUAAUUCAACUAAUCAGUAAGGUCUUAUUAGACUAGAACAAAGACAUUAUCAAAUAUUGAACAUAAAAUGAGUGCAGGGACUUUAAAUUCAUAUCAUUAUUUAACGCUUCUUCAACAAGAUUCAGCUCCAAGAGAAAGGCUGACACAAUAUGUGUAUCAUGAGUUAAGAUUCUACAUCAAAUAUGUAAAUAUAUAUGGUGACCUCUGCAAAUCACAGCUGGCGUAGCAACUUACACAAUCUAUUGCAUAACAUAGACAGUUUUGUACAAAGCAUAUUCAAAUGUUUGACUUUGAAAACAACAAACUUGCACUGCUUUGUAGCACGAUGUUCUCUUCAAAUUGUAUGAAACUGCAUUGCGAUAUUGUUAGAUAAUUAAACUGAAAUUCAGGUAAGACAAAAAGGAUUAGAUCAUAAAGUACAGAGAAGCUGUAUGUGGGGCCCUUUCCUGUGUGUUUAGGUGCUAUCACCGCUGCAGAGAAGCACAAACCAAAGCAAGUUUUAGCAGCACCAAGAUCAUAAGAAUACAUGCUGCACAAUCACAACUACAUAGUUUAAAGAGGCCUUUUCUAAACACGAUUGAAAUCAAUUUAAAAAAUCUACACCAACAACAGUUAAAUAAUAGUAAUAAAAAAAGAAAAACUUGAAUGUUUUUUCAGUGUUUGAAACCUGGUUAGUUUUUCAGUAGUCUCCAGGUAUUUUUUUUUUUCUCAAAAGCUGUUUUUAUGAUUUUGCAGCUGUAAACCUAAAAUUCUGUAGCAUGUAUUGUUCAAAACAUGUAAAUAAUAUUUACUAAAUAAACAAAGCAAACUAUAA